AUGGAGGCAAAUCCUAACGUCAUCUCGUACUUUGAAAAUGUGUUUCCUAUGUUAGGUCAAACACAAGCGACUUCAUCAACAGCGGCUGAUGAAGCGGGUCCAAGUUCGUCUACAUGGUUAGAUGAACCAGGUCCAAGUUCAUCUACAUGGGUAGAUGAGGCAGGUCCGAGUUCGUCUACAAGGUUAGAUGAAACUCAUGAACGACCUGAGGUCGAGGAGGGUGAGCUUAGACGAAGUAAACGACAAAGGGUUGAAAAAUCAUUUGGUCUAGACUUCAUGAGCUACAUGGUUGAGGGUGAGCCCAAUACCUACCGCGAGGCGCAACUUGAAUUAAUUUCUGCUGUCGAAAAGCUUCAUGUAUUAAGUUCUAAGGAUCUUGGCAAGCUAAUUCGAGAUGCUAAAAAUGGUAUCAUUAAAUAUACUGUAAAUGGAUCAUUUUUUGAGAUAAAUGUGGAAAAUUUAGGAAGACCUCUUGUCCAGCACAUAAUGAUAGAUACUGUAUCAUUACUUAAGCCAGAUGACCAGCAUUUCAAAUAUUUGUUAUGUGGUUUAAAACUGUUGCAUACUCUAUGUGAUAUUGCAUCCCACCACUCAACACUUGCGCGGGUUUUCGUUGAGGAUAUGAAUGUACAACAUGAGAUGCUUAAUUCAAUAUUUCGCAUAAUUCAUGUUCUUAGUCAGUUAGGAGAGAAAAUUAAUGGUUUAAGCCAAAUGGUCCUGUACUCCGCGUUGUUGUCCAACAGUAUGUAUUUACUUAAAGCCUUAAUUUCUUCAGAGUGGAAAGACAUCGCGGAUGUUCUACUUGCACAUCCUGAGGUUGGUGACUUCGCGAUAGCAGCUGUUACUGCUAUCCGUGUAAGUAUUAAUCAUCUUCGAGCAAAGCCGACAACUCAGCGUGUUAACUCUCGCAUGCAGCCAAAUGAUGAAGUCUACUGUCUCUUCCAUCUUUGUGAAUCUUCUGUACAGUUCAUUCAAUCACUAUGCAUGCAGAUGUUAUUUCGAGAGCGCCUCGUUGAAAAUAAGGAAUUAUGUGAAGGAGGUGCCGUUUUUAGUUUGGUUCAAAACACCUUAAGACUGUCACAACACGAUGAUACAACUCUUGCAAGUGUCGUUGAUAGGCUCAAAGCAAAAGUUUUAUCUAUCAUGUUACUUCUUUGUCAAGCGGAAAGCUCAUCUUUCGUGAAUAUGGCUUCCAGAACCCCUCAAAGCAAGGGUUUUGCUCAUUCAGCGGUUUUGAAGGUCAUUGAAGUGCUAGAUAUGAUGUGUAACGGGGAUUUUAAAAGCCAAACAAGGGGACUUUUGCAUCUUAAUGCAAUGCAAGUAGCCGAAAUAUUCUCUGGUGCUUCUAGAUUCAAAACUUUCGUAGUCUGUAACUUGACAAAACUUUUGACCCGAGUGCUUUCACGACCACAAAGAGAGUUCUUAUCUAGUUGGUGUUCCGAUGAUCGUAAGCCUGCUGAAGAGGAGAUUGUUGUGGAUUUUAAUCCAACAUCAGCCGCUGGACAUGUAUUGGGUUUGACCUCCGAAUUCAAAGUCCAACAUUCUACUUGGAGCAACUUUCAGGCUCCUCAAACUCCUUUCACGGUUCAGAGGUCAUCGUUACUGGUCAAAGUUAUAGCCAAUCUCACACGUUAUGACCCCGAUCUAUCUGAAGAGGACAAUGCUCGCUUUCUCAACGAGUUUCUCGAGUGCUUGCAAACAGAAUCUUCUAAGUUACCUGGUGGUGCUGCUGAAAGAACUGAUGCCGCAAGAAAAAACCUAACGUCCUUAUUAGUUCGUGCAGAAUCUAUGACUCAUUUUUGUCUACAUGCAGAAGAUGUGAAUUUUCUCAGGUGGUUCAUUAAUCAACUGGAGAAAGCACGUACGGCUCAAGAAUCCGCUAGCCACAGAGUUAUGGAGGUUCAUAACAACAUCCAAUGCCCAUCACCUACACCACAAAGCCCAUCUUCAAAAGAAUAUGACACAACCGGCAACCAUGAAGAGGGCCCAUCCGUAACACUUCGGACAAAGAAAAGGAAAAGAAGCAGGAGGAUAGAUUUAGGUGAUAUUAGUGGGGAUCGGAACAUUGAACCGUUUAAUAGCGUCAUAGAUGUUGAAGAGCUUCGAAAUGUGCGUAGUGAGGAAACACAACAAAAAGAACAGGAAAAAAACCAUAAUGAGCUAUGA